CUCAGAAAGAAAAGAACUGAGCGGAAAUCAUCUUCAAUUCUCGUGCUGUAUAUAUCUAUCUGUGUAUGCAGGCUUCGAAGCGCUAUCGGAAACCCCACUUUCGUCUUCGUAGAACCAGUGGAAGUUUCAAUUAACACACACACACAGAGAGAGAGAGAGAGAGAGAGAGAGAGAGAGAGAGAGAGAGAGAGAGAGAGAAUGGAGGGCCAAGACGAUGGUGUUGCUGAGCAGAGCCAACAAUACGACCUUCGGUCUAUUCUCUCUUGUUCGGACAGGGAUUUCCUCAUUCGCAACAACGACGAUCAGGUGAAAAUUGACAAUUUGAAAGGUAAGAAGGUCGGGUUGUAUUUUUCAGCGUCAUGGUGUGGCCCAUGUCGACAGUUCACCCCGAAUCUUGUGGAGGUUUACAAUGAACUGUCCCCCAAGGGCGAUUUUGAGAUUGUAUUUGUCUCAGCAGAUGAAGAUGAUAAGGCAUUUAAGGGUUAUUUCUCCAAGAUGCCCUGGCUUGCCAUCCCAUUUUCUGAUUCAAACACUCGUGAUCGGUUGGAUGAGUUGUUCAAGGUGAUGGGGAUACCUUACCUUGUGAUCCUUGAUGAAAAUGGGAAGGUUAUGACUGAGGAUGGUGUUGAGUUCAUUCGGGAGUAUGGAGUUGAUGCGUAUCCUUUUACCCUAGAAAGGAUCAAAGAAAUUAAGGAUGAAGAAGAAAAGGCUAAGCUGGAACAGCCCCUGAAAUUCAUAUUAGCCUCCCGUUCUCGUGACUUUGUGAUAUUGGCUGAUGGAAAGAAGGUAUCCAUCUCUGAGCUCAAAGGCAACACCAUAGGCCUGUAUUUUGCUCAGUCUUCGUACAAGAAUUGUGUUAAGUUCACUCCAAAACUCGUUGAAGUUUAUGAGAAGCUGAAGGCAAAGGGGGAGAAAUUUGAGGUUGUGAUGAUACCCUUCGAUGAUAAUGAAGAAUCCUUCAAGCAAGGCUUUGAAAAGAUGCCUUGGUUAUCUCUUCCUUUCAACGACAAGAGCUGUGUCAAGCUGGCUGCGUACUUUGACAUUCCAACUAUUCCUGCACUGGUUAUUAUCGGACCAGAUGGGAAGACUCUUCAGUCUGAUGUUGUUGAGGCCAUUGAAGAACAUGGCACUGAGACGUACCCUUUUACACCGGAGAAGUUUUCGGAGCUUGAGGAGAAAGAUAAGGCAAAACGGGAUGCACAAACAUUGGAGUCUAUCUUGGUGUCGGGAGAUCUCAAUUUUGUGAUUGGGAAAGGUGGAUGCAAGGUUCCAAUUUCGGAUCUUGUUGGAAAAAAUAUUCUCCUUUACUUCUCAGCGCACUGGUGUCCUCCAUGCCGUGCUUUUCUACCAAAGCUUGUCAAAACGUAUCACCAGAUUAAGGCCAAAGACGAUGCAUUUGAACUGAUAUUCAUCUCUAGUGACAGGGAUCAAACCUCAUUUGAAGAAUACUUUUCCGAAAUGCCAUGGCUUGCAUUUCCCUUUGGAGAUGAGAGGAAGGAGUAUUUGGACCGCAUUUUCAAGGUCCAACGUAUUCCGAUGCUAGUUGCAAUCGGGCCAACUGGACGGACUGUUUCGACAGAAGCCCGCAAACUUGUUAUGUAUCAUGGAGCCAAUGCUUAUCCCUUCACAGAGGCGCGAUUGAAGGAGAUUGAAGCAGAGAAUGAGGAGAUGGCAAAGGGGUGGCCUACGAAGGUGAAGCAUGAACUCCAUGAACAUGAACUUGAGCUGAUUCGACGCCCAGGGUACAUGUGCAAUGGGUGUGGGGAAGAAGGAAUACUAUGGUCUUUUUAUUGUGAAGAGUGUGAUUUUGAUCUGCAUCCAAAGUGCGCUUUGGAAGAAAACAAGGCAACGAAAGGGGAGACAAAAACCAAAAAAGCUUGGUUUCAAAACUGUGGCUUUUUUGCGUUCAACACCAGGCAACGCAGAUUUGAGAAAGAAAGGGUUAAAAGGAAGGAAGCUAUGGCUAACGGCGAUGGAAAUGCUACUCGCGAUCUCGUAUCUCUUCUCUCCGGAGGAGAAAGGGAUUUCCUUGUGCGUAACAAUGGCGACAAGGUUAAAAUUAGUGAUUUGGUUGGAAAGAAAGUGGGGUUGUAUUUUUCCGGCUCAUGGUGCGGUCCAUGUCGCCGUUUCACCCCGGAUUUUGUUGAAGUUUAUGAAGAACUCUCAUCGAAGGGAGACUUUGAAGUUGUCUUCGUCUCAUCAGAUAGAGUUGACGAAGCAUUUGUUGCCUACUUUGCGAAAAUGCCAUGGCUUGCAAUUCCAUUUUCUGAUUCUGAGACCCGUAAGUGCCUUACGGCAUUGUUCAAAGUUAGGGGGAUUCCUCAUCUUGUGAUCCUGGAUGGGUCUGGUGAGGUUUUAAGUGAUCAAGGGGUUAAGAUCAUAAAGGACUACGGUUCAGAGGGCUAUCCAUUCACACCCGAAAGAGUCAAAAUCUUGAGAGAGGAAGAAGAGGCCGCGGCGAAGGAACAAUCUUUGAGGUCUAUCUUGGUUUUCAAGUCUCGUGAUUUUGUGAUUUCAAACACUGGGAUCAAGAUUCCUGUUUCAGAGCUUGAAGGGAAGAUGGUUGGCCUGUAUUUCUCAAUGACUGUCCAUAAAGGGUGCCUUGAAUUCACCACAAAACUCAUACAGUUUUAUAACAAGAUCAAGGACCUAGGCAAUAACUUUGAAAUCGUUCUAAUAUCUCUAGACGAUGAGGAAGAACCUUUCAAACAAGGUUUUGAAACUAUGCCGUGGUUAGCUUUGCCUUUCAAGGACAAGAGCUGCGAAAAGCUUGCCCGGUACUUCGAGGUUGCAACCCUUCCAACUCUCGUUAUAGUAAGUCCAGAUGGGAAGACCCUUAAUCUGAAUGUGGCAGAACUUAUUGAAGAGCAUGGUGCUGAGGCCUACCCUUUUACACCACAGAAGCUUCUUGAGCUUGCAGAGAUUGAGAAGGCUAAAAACGAAGCUCAAACUUUGGAAUCAAUUUUAGUUUCAGGUGACAGAGAUUUUGUGAUUGAAAACAGUGGUUCUAAGGUACCUGUGUUUGAACUUGUUGGAAAGACCAUCCUCCUCUAUUUCUCAGCGCAGUGGUGUCCACCCUGCCGCGAGUUUCUACCCAAGUUCAUUGCAAUAUACGAUGAGAUCAAGGCCAAGGACACAGCGUUUGAAGUAAUUUUCAUCUCAAGUGACCGUGAUCAAUUCUCCUUCGAUGACUUCUUUGCAAGCAUGCCAUGGUUGGCCCUCCCUUUUGGCGACAAGAGAAAAGCCCUCCUUCAGCGAAAAUUCAAAGUUAGAGGAAUCCCAGCUGUGGUGGCCAUUGGGCCUAGUGGAAAGACACUGAGUACACAAGCGAGGCAGCUAUUACAAGCCCACGGUGCAGAUGCCUAUCCCUUCACUGAAGAGCACUUGGAGAAAUUGGAUGAAAUGCUGGAGGAUAUGGCGAAGGGGUGGCCUGAGAAAGUGAAACACGAACUUCAUGCAGCUCAUGAGCUGAUAAAAGCUCGAAGGAAUGGUGGGUAUGAGUGUGAUGCGUGCAAAGAGAUUGGUCAAGCUUGGUCUUUUUACUGCGAGCAGUGCGACUUUGAUCUCCACCCGAAGUGCGCUCUUAAAACAGAUACAAAAGAGGGGGGGAAAACAAAGGAGGGUUGGACUUGUGAGGGAGAUGUCUGCCGUAAGACAUGAGAAAGGAUCAACAUACAUAGACAAAUGUAUUUACGCCCUAUAAUUUGGCUUGUGUAAUCAGGUAUCUGUGUCUGUAUCUUGUGCUAAUCCUAUCUAUGGACGCCAGUUUUACGUGUGGCGGUGUUGGCUAAGUUUUUGGGAAGUGGUAUGUGAAGACCUGUUGGUUCAUGAUAUUGGAAUAACUCUUUUUGUAUGAAGCUUGUUUUGUGAUUCAGGCUUGGGACUAAUGCUAGCUUGUUGAUGUUUUUCA